CAGAAUUACUGGUGGAGUAGUAACAAUAAGUGAAAAUAGAGCCAAAAAAAUCAGUUGAAGAAUCAGUUCAAAGCAUCAAUGGAAAACGUGGGAUCACCCUCCGCCUCCGCCGCCGACGAUGGUAAGCCGGUGCAACCAAUCUCCUCCUCGACUCCUCCGGUGCCGUCAUGUCCAGCUCCCCUCGGCACUACCGGUGUCCCUCCCGUCAGUCCAACUGAAACGCGGAAACGCGGAAGGUCAAGCCCUGGGAUGACUACUCCUUCACCGUCUCAGGUCGCCGGCGGUGGACUUUCGUCUCCUACGCAGCGACAGGAAGAUGGAGCGAGCCCUGGGAUGACUACUCCUCCACCGUCUCAGGUCGCCGGCGGUGGACUUUCGUCUCCUACGCUGCCGCAGGCAGAUGAAUCGGCGGUUUCUACUGGGAAAAAGCAGCAAAGUGUUGAUUUGGGAUCAGAAGCAGCAGCGCUUGGAUUUAUGCAAUCACACGUGAUCAAGAUAGAAGCUGGGCAGGAUAUAUUGGCCAAAAUAAUGUCAUUCUGCGAAAGUACCUCUAAAGCAGUGUGCGUUCUGUCAGCCAAUGGUUCCAUAUCUAAUGUAUCACUUCGCCGACCAGAUGAACCUGUAACACAUAAGGGACUGUACGAGAUCCUUAGUCUGACGGGUUUCUUCUUUGUCUUGGAAUCUGGUGGUCAACGCAGCAGAGAAGGUUGCUUGACUGUGAUACUUGGUAAUGCAGCAGAUGGUGAUGUUUGGGGAGGCAAUGUGGAUGGGCUCUUUACAGCAGCAACUGAUGUUCAGGUUAUUGUUAGUAGCUUCAGCACAGAAAAACAGGGGCAGGUGAAGUCAGACAACUUUGGUACACCAGCAACAUUAGCAUCAACGUCCAGAAGUCCUAUGUCAGUUGGAACUUUAUUUGGGUCUGUCAGCCCUGUUAGUCCGUUAGGCUGAAACUAGGAAGAGAAGCCCUCCUGGAGUUGCUGCUAGGUUGCCCUUUUAAAAGGAAUGCUUCUCUUGUUGAUAAUACCAUUGGAAAAGCUGUGUGAUGUGAGAAUGUAUUCUGCAGCUUAGCAAUUCAUGUUGGUUUGAUAUUGCCCUUAUGUUUGAGCAAUUGCUGGGCAGUUAUCUUUUUUGUACAAAUAUGACAUCCUUUAUCAGAUUUAUGCACAGAAACAUUAGAGUCUAAUUCUAG